AUGGCCACUACACCAUUAGCACUGCUAGCAAUUGCUUCUUUAUUCCUUGCAUCACUACCAUAUCAUGGAGUAUCUGCUCCUACUCCUGCUGCCGAAUCUCCAGUUCCGGAGACCGCCGGAGCUCCAUCGCCUACCGCAGACAAUGGAUGCUUGACGGCUCUAACAAACAUGUCAGAUUGUUUAACAUUUGUAGAAGAUGGGAGUAAGUUGAGAAAGCCGGAUAAAGGUUGUUGUCCUGAGUUAGCAGGGUUGGUUGAUAGUAAUCCUAUUUGCCUGUGUCAGCUUUUAGGAAACUCUGAUUCUAUUGGGAUUAAGAUUAAUCUUAAGAAAGCUCUUAAGCUUCCUUCACUCUGUGGUGUUACUACUCCUCCUGUUAGUACUUGCUCAGCUGUUGGUGUUCCUGUGUCCUUGCCUGGGCCAUCAAGUCAAGAAUCUAUGCCACCAAAUAUGGCAAUGACACCAAAAGGAGGAUUACCUCCCAGUCCUUCAAAUUCAGCUGAUAGUUCAGCUGGUGUUCCAAGUCCUUCUGAAAGCAAAAAUGGAGCUUCAAGCAUUCAUGCUUCUUCCAUGACUUUCAUUUUUGCAAUGUCUACUCUCUUUUUCUCCAUGUUUUUCUGA